AUGCGCCCCGUCCAGGCUUCAGCGCUUCUCCGCGCCCUGAGGCUCCUGCUGCCGCUGGUUGCCUGCGGCUGGGGACCCUCGCUCGCCUCCCCAAUCUGGAGCCACGCCGACGAGCUGGUGCACCUCUACACCUUCAACGCCAGGAGGAGCGUCCACCUGCAGAUCCACCCCGAUGGACGCGUGGACGGCAGCCAGUCCCAGACCGUGCAUAGUGCUUUGACCAUCAAAACAGAAGAUGCCGGAUAUGUAGUGAUCAUUGGCGCGAAAACCGGACUCAGCCUUUGUAUGGAGAAUAACGGAAAUCUCUUUGGAUCGAAUUCCUUCGGCAACGAGGACUGCGUUUUUAAACACACAAUGCUGGAAAACGGCUACGAUGUUUACCAAUCUCCCAAGUACCAUUACCUGGUCAGCUUAGGGAGGGCAAAGAAAGCAUUGUUCCCUGGUAUGAAUCCCCCGGAUUUCUCUCAGUUUCUAACCAGAAGGAAUGAAAUCCCCUUCAGCAUGUUUGACCCGCCAAGGCCUCAGCGGGAAGAUACCCGGGACGAUGAUGCCGAGCUGUGUGGGGGCAUCUUGGCAGGAAAGAUACCGGAAGAAAGCCCAGAUGAGGUGGGCCUUCACCCCUGCUUGACCAGCUCAAAUUCUGAAGAACGGGACCCAAACGGCGCCACGCUGAGCCGAAGAUUUCCUAGCCCGCGAACGGAUUCCUGA